AUGACAGGAAGCACUCUGUCUGGAAACAAGGUACACAGCUUGGAAUUCAGUUCUUGAUCAACAUUUUUAAUUAAUAAAUGUUAAGAUGUGGCAUUAUCUUCAUCAACAAUAAGUGAGCUUAGUAAGAUGAGGUUGGUGCAGCCACAGGAGAUCCAGCAAGAGGUUGCACAAUCUAUUUGGAAUGCCUGUAGUUUAAAGAAGAACUCUUUUUUAAGUUCAGUAGGAAAACAAGACAACAGUUUGUUUGGCAUCCACUGACUGUGCUUAAGUCAGUGGAAGAUGACACUUACCAUAUUUAUUCAAACACAGUGGGGUUUAUUAAAUUUUUCAUGAUUCGAGUUUGGCAUUUAUUCUAGGGUGGUGUUUAUUCUACAGCGACAUUUAUACAAGGGCAGUGUUUUUUAAUUAUCCAAUUUGUUUCUUGCAAAUAAUAGUAUGGUAACUGACCAUUUUAAUUUUAAAGAACAGAAAAAUGUUUUAGUGCUUGUCUAAGAGUAUUGUUUAUAUCAUUCUAAAAUUCCCAAUUUUGCAUCAGAACUGGUACAUUCAAAAGGAUGUGUCUGAUUCACUCAAAAUUUCCAACUGUGAUUGAAGCAUUGAUCACAUCAUGAUUCUGUAUUUAUUCAAGGGUAGCAUUUAUUUCAAUAAAUAAUAAUUAUGUUAUGUACUAAUUAAACUGCUCACAUCAAAGAGAAAGGAAGCUCACAGGGGUUACAUUUUUGCCAGCCUUUUUUGAGAGUACAGACAUUUUUUUUUACAGUGACUGCUACUUUGGUUUUCAAGUUUUUAUUCUCUUAAAUUUAAGUCUUUACAGCUUAUGAUAUUUUUUGUAUAGCUGAGGGUCUCAAUCAAGAGACAGCUGAAGAUGGUUCAACUUAGAAUUUUGCAUGUGAGCAAUGAAAAUCUGCCAGAUUUAAGCACUAUUGUUUGAAAAUAUUGCAAUGUGGAAGCUGAUGUUAUGCUAAAACAAAUGCAAAAGAGAGUAUAGCAGUUCUAAUGCAAAUGACAAUAAUAUGAUAUAACUUUGCAAUCAUCUGAGUAAAAUGACCAUAAUUAUAUGGAAAUGCAUAGCUUCAGUUGUGUCUGUACCUGUGGUCAAAGUCAUCUCAUAUCUUUUUCUUACUAACCCUUUGAGUGACUGGUGUCUAAUUUCUUCUUACAAAUCAUGCCUUGAUCACAUAUUAAGGUUAUGGGAAUAAAGAAAAUGAUCACCCACUUAAGAAGCUCUUGAUUGUUAGACAAAUUCUCCUUGCCAGCACCUUAGGAAAUGUAUACAGAACAGUAUGGAGAAUAUGUAUACUGAUUUGAGUGUGUAAAGGGUUAAGUGCAUCCUCAACUGCUGAGUGACCUUAAAUUGUGCUUGUCUCAUUCAGCUAUGCCAAUGUUGUUUUAGGUUCGUAAGCUGGAGUUUUGUUGGCUGAUGCCCUGGACAAGAAGUGUGACACAAUAUUUACUUGUGGUGGAAUCCAGUCCAAUCAUUGCAGAAGCACUGCAGUUGCUGCUAGACAACUUGGUUGGAUUGUUACCUGUUCUUAGAAAGAACUGAUGCAGAAGAUUUUAAGCUGCUUGAGUCAUGAUCAAAGAUCUGUUACCGCUAAGCACAUGUUAUUGGCAAUUAGACAAAGAGUGAUGCCCAUGUGAUCUAUCACUAAUGAUAACUUAACAAACACAUUACAACAUGGAAUCUCAGAACUUUUUCUUUUACCACACUCACAACAAGAUGAAAAGCAUCUUUCUAUAUUUCUUUGCCAAGCUCAAAACCUACAAUCUUUGUUUUUUUUUUAUUUGCAAAAGAUGGAAUCUGUUUGUGAAAUAGAAGCUCAUCACAUUGCAUUGAACAGUGGACUCAUAUGAAGAUGAGAUGACAAGAUUCACGACUGCAUUGUCACAUAUUAUAGUUGAGCACGUUUCUUUGAGAUUUGAAGCAGACAGGAAAAACUGCAUAAUAGGCUGCUAACAGAAGUUCAAUCUUUACUCUAAUGUUGCUCAUUUCAAAGGAAGAAGGGCACCAAUUUUGCUUCACAUAGAUGGCUAAAUUUUAAGAAAGUUAGCAAAGUUAUUGAAACUUUCAUUUGAUCUUUUUUUCUUCAUGCAGACCAUGGAUAUUGGUUGUAAAGGAAACCUGUUUUUAAACAAAUUGGUUGGAAGUCAAAUUAUUGUUGUUCCUCAGCUUCAGUACAAAUCUGGCCUUAAACAAAUGAUGGAGAAAAUGUGUGAAAAAUUGUAAGUAAAUUAGGCUUUGAUUUUAGACAGAGCUAUCACCAAGUGACAGUAAUGAAGCAGCUCAUUGUAUUAUAAUUGUCAAUGAAAAUAUUGAAAUUCUUUUGAAGAAAUUUGUGUUGCAGCCAUUUUACAGUGGAAUUGACUGUGUAUUAAUUUACUAGUAACAGGUGUAGAUGUAGGGAUAGAUCUCACUAGCAGAACUUGCUUGAAAGGUUUAAAAAAACUGCAUGAAUUUACUGCAAUGCUUGGGACAUUUUAGUUGAAUAGUACCAUCUUUGGGGUGUAAACUGAUGAAAAUCAUGAUGGCUGCCACCCUAGCGCAUCUUGUAAAACAUGAAGGCGAGCAAAAAUAUUACAGGAGCUGCUAUUGGCUCUCAAGUUGGUUCCCUUUAAAGGAAUUGAAAAUCAAGUCAUAUCUACAAUGCAGCCUUUUAGGUGCUAAAAGGCUGCAUUUUUUUAUACAGUUCUGUACUUAGUUGCCAAGCCUUUGAUUUGGAGUGAGGCUGAAGGUGACCUUGUUGUGAUAGAGACCAGUACCUAGUUAGCUUAACAACAAUGCAAUUUACAUUGGAAAAGUAGCAAGGUUUCUAUCAUAACAAAGUCACCCUUGGCCUCACUCCUGUUGAAAGUGUAAAUUGGGGAUGAUAAAUUAUUGUAUGGAGAAAUUAGAUGCUAAUCACUCCUAAGGAAUAACACACCUAAUUAAUUUGUAAUGGAGGUAAAUUUUUUCUACAGGUUCCCUAUUUUAAAGUGAUUCCCAGUGUUCUCCUUUAUUUUAAGCAUGACAGGUAUAAUAAAUUUUCAAACCGGUAAAGCAAUCCUUUUACCAGUUGAAUUUUCAAGAAUUCCAAACAAUUUUAAAGGGUAAUAACAGGUAUUACAGGUGGUAAAUGUUACUGGUUACUGCCUGAAAAGGAGAACACUGGAUUCCAAAUUUCUUGUUGGCCAGGAGAUUAUAUAACCCACACAGGAGACCGAUAGAUUCCGUUCUGUCAUGUGACUCUCAGGAAAUGCUAAGAAAACUCAAGAGAGUUGUUAUUAUAAUUAUUAUACAGUGAGUAAAGAAGGUAGCACUGAUAUUGGAGAAUUCUUGAACUAAUUUUUGAUAGGCUAAGUUAUUUUGACCCAGUUCCUUCCUGCUGACUUUGUCUGUUUUUUUUUUCGGGGAGGAACAGGGCUCAUCAGCUUAUCUGAUUGAAGUUGGAGGCCCCUCUUACAUGGGGAUGUUUGGUUACUAAACAGCAUUUCAAGAAAUUAUAGAUCAGGUAAAAUUACAGGCUUUUUUGGUAUUGUGUGUUCAUUUUGUGCAUUUCUGGUCAAGAAGUCAUGGAUGCAGUUAAACACUGAUCACAAAAAAGCCUGUUUGUUAAAAGAUUUUUUUCUGGAUAUCUUUCAAAAUGUUGGCUUUGUUUGUUUCAGAAUGUGCUGGAGAAUUUUGAUGACAUUGUUGUUACAGUUGGCAGUGGUGGAGGGGCAUCAGGAAUUGCCAUUGGUAACUAUUUGACAGGAUCAAAACUCAAGUAAGCUCUAAAUAGAAAUGUUGAUAUUUUCUUUAUGGACUGUGUGGGAGGGCUGGACAACAGAACAUUUGUCUCAAGGUCAUAACAUAUAGACCUCUCUCUGACCAAUCUGUUCAUUAUACCCAGAGGCCAAAUGUUUUCCAAUCUGGCCUGUCUUCACUUAGUCUUAAGGGAUUUUAUCAUUUGACCAGCACUCUUUUUCUUCUUUCUUUUUGCUGUUUGCAUCUCAGGAGGCCAUAUAUAGAGCUCUGCUGUUAUUUAUGGUGCCACUGCCACUACUGCUUUUCUUCAUCUAAAGGAUUUGAUUUUUUACAAUGUUUUUCAUUUAAUUUACAUCCAGGGAUUUACUGGUCUUAGGAUUAAUAAUAAUAAUAAUAAUCAUAGGACUGAGUGGAAUUCAAUUCAGUCUGUAAUCUUACAAGUGAUUAAUACAAUCAGAUGACUGUGAAGUGGGAGUCAAAUAUGUUAAUGUUAACACAAAAUCCUGUUACCAAUUAAUCAAAACUAUGACAAAAUUUGAGAAAGAAACCAGAUGUAUUGGUUAUGCGUUUUUGUAACAGGGUGUGCACAUGACACAUGCUGUCCACUCAUAUAGGCAUGACAUGUCAACUGUCCUGUUACACUGUUCAGUAAGAGGCAUGACACAUGCAGUGUCCUAUUAGUGCUUAAAUUGGGCUGGUGAUAACUAAUCACAUUGGAGUUUUUUGUUAUUGUUGCCACUGAAAUGCUGUAUCACCUUUCAGGAACCCCUGAAAAACUAUAUCAUGCUGGGGAACAUUAUGAAAAAGCUUACCAACCUAUAGGCUGAUAAAAAAUUUCUGCAACUACCUAAGCUAUACAUGCUGAAGAUUUUAGCUUAAGAGAUUGUGCUUCUUGAGAAUUUCUAACAGGCCUUUCUAUCUUUCUAAAAGUUUCCCCUUGUUUUCUUUGAACACUGGAGACUAAUUGAAACCUGUAAUAGCAACAUGAUUGUCAUUUAUUCAUAGAUGUCAUGUAGUGAAUGUAUGUGAUGAUGCAGCAUAUUUUUACCAGAAAAUCAAUGAAGACCUUCAAAUAGGUGGGCUAAAUGUUCUAGCAGAAGAAAUAAUUGAUAUUAUUGAUGGAUACAAAGGACAGGGCUAUGGCAAAUCCACUGAAGAAGAGUUAGUUUGCAGAUUUUGGUUUCUUCAUAAUAGGACUAGUAGUCAAGCAGUCCCUCUUUUUUCAGAGAAGUCUGUUGGGAAAAAAGAAAAAAAACAAUGAAAAGGUUGACGUAAGCUCCUAGCAGCGCACUUACCUUUUUUCACUGAUCCUUUUCUUUUUGAGUCAUGCAACUUUCAUAGACUUUGCCCAAAAGGAUGGAUUUCUUGUAGUCUUCUACAUAUGUUACAUGAUAAGCUGCUUAUUUUGGUACUGGAAUGAAAUGCAAGUUGAAGAGAGUUGUUUCUAUCUAUCAGUAAACAACCUUUUCAAAACAUGAAAACAUAAGAAAUCAUGCCUCUCAUUGCCUUCUGUUCCUUUACUAAUGUUAAACAUGGAAAAUUUGUUUUCAGAAUGCUCUUUGGCUGACAGCAUUUUGGUUUAUUUCAGUGCGAAUUAAAAGCUGAAAUUUUAUCGCUGAAAGUGAAAAUGAUAUGUACUCUGUUAACAAGGGAUCAAUGUAUUUGUUUUACAAUGUAGAAGGAAUGAUCACUCAAUGAUGUUUCAAACCACAAAGUUUACUUGCCCCCACUCUCUCCCCCCUCCCUAUUUACCAUAGGUUUAUGCAAGACAAUAAUAAUGGAUAUUUAUAGCAACGAUGAUUAUUUUUUUAUUGAUUAUUUAUUCCAGGAUGCAUUCGAAAUUGUUUGAUUACCAAAUAAAAACAUGAUCUAAAUUUUUCUUAACCAUUUACACUCGAAUUUGCACCUUACGAACCCUGAAAUCUUUUUAUCUGUUAAUGAAGAGGACAUUGUGGAGAAUUAUCCAGAACAACUGGUAUUAUGGUGGACCCCUUGCACAACGUCAAAGCCAUCAGAGGAAUGCUACACGAGAUGAACACCGACCCAGGGCGACAGAAUACUUUAUAUUCAUACUGGUGAGUACAAUUUUUCAACAUCAUCAUUUGAUAAAUACCUCCUUCCUUCCCUUUGGCAAAGAGCCCACAUACCUUAAAAAUAAUGGUUUCUCAAAGGUAAUCCCUUAGAACUGCGUUUUUCCUUGCAAAUGAUAUUCUGCUCAUGCGUGAUUGUGCGCUUGUCAGCCAGAAGGAAAAAGGUGCAUCACCUUAAGUUGUCAACGAGUGAUUUUGGGAAAUGAUGUGAAAAACGAAACUCGUUAAUCAAAUAAAAAGGGAGAAAAACGAUUUCUGAACUCGGCUAUCGGCUUUGUUAAAUAAUUGUGUAUAUCAUGAUAUUUUCCUCAACCUGGUACAUAAAUUGCAAACUUGAGACCCCAUUUUUGAUCCCUCGUAGAAGUAUCAGUGGUUCGUGACUUGUACUACAGUUGCAUGUAGCAUGUACUUUCUUUCGCGUGGAAGCAAAAUGUUAUACAUUAGACUGACUAUGAAGACUCUGAUUGGUCGAUAGCAUACAGUCGAUAUACAAUAGCAGAUAUUGGGUUCUCAUGUCGCGUUUAAAUUAUGCCUAGUUUCCAAUCCCCUCGUCCGUGUAGUGUUCUCAGACUCUUGAAAAAUCAGAGAGGACAUUCUUCUUUUGCAAAUUGUUUCCACGAAUGUAUGAUGAAUCAGUUAUUCAAAUUGGUUUUAGCGUGAUAUUGUAAAUUAUCAAACCCGGCAUCUAUGUUAUCUGCCUCGGCCUUCGGCUUCGGCGGAUAACUCAGACCCCGGCAUUGAUAAUUUAUAUUAUGCUCUAACCUCAUUAAAUAAUUUCUCAUUAUUAUUCAAUUGCACUUAGUAGAGUACAAGUAACGAGAGAAUCGAGUAAAAAUUUCCUGUGAUAUUGUACAUUUGGCUGUUUUGUACUCUAAAAAAACUUGUUUAAUCGGUUGGCUGCGCGUGCUGCACUUUUCUAUCUGCGUCGCUUUUCCCACUUUUUGAAAAAUGCCCAUGAAAUAAAGCAGUUGGGCAAUAAAUAACUUAUUAGACGUUUUGAUGUGCAGUAUCGCUGGGUAUAUUUACUCAUAGUUUGUAUUUUGACUCGCCUUGCGCGAUCGUCAAAAUAUGCCACAACUCGUAAAAAUAGUUACCGAUACUGCACACCAAAACUUCUCAUAACAUAUAGCUUUUGAUGGAAGACUGAAUACGACAACAUCCACAGAUGAUAAACGUUCAUAUAAUUGCUUAGAGGAUUGUAUUAGCACUCCUUUGAAAAUGGCGGGACCUGAUUUGUAAUAGUGUUAUGCGAGUUUCGCACACGUCUGAUAGGGUGUGUCUUAUUUUCCAACAGGAGGUGUGUUCGGUUUGUAUGAUGGAAGAAUGGACCCGUUAGUAACUCGCCCUGCACUGGGUAUAAAUGAUGUUGUCUGCUGGGAAAGAGAGAAUGAUCCCAUGCCAUUCUGAGGCUGACACGUUCUCAGUUGUCUCUCCUAUUUGAGAUAUUUAGGUAGUGCUCGAGAGGUUCGCGUGUAAAAAGAUUUUCUUUCGUUUCCCAUCGUUCCCUUUGUUAAUGUAGUGCUAAUCUCUCGCGAAACCCUCGGCCGCGCAAGAAAGACUGGGAGCUAGUAAAUUUUCGGGUGGCAAGCAAGAAAGGUCAGUCAAGACAUGCCUACGUUCUUUUUUUGGCGUCAUCCCGUAAAAUUGGCCACGAAAGAGGAGAUAACAGCAUUGCAUGGACUCCUCAAACCACAUCAGAGGGAGUGAGUUUACAUAUCGAAGGCGAACACAACAACUUAUUGGACCGGUAAAAAAAUGUUAAAGCCUUUGAAAAUAUAUUCGUGUAAAAGUAUAAAGAUUUAAAGUUUUUAAUCUUUUUUUU